UCUCGAACGCAGGGCCUCCUAUCAACAAAAUUACAUCAUUUACUUCCAUUGGAGCGACAGGGGAUCUCAUGUGUCUCGACGUGCUUCGUCUGCUCCGACAAAUGUCAUCUCUGCACUGAGGAUUUACCUGACAUUUUGCAGGCUAAUGCUACAUCACUCUUCUGCAUGUAGUCAUAGCUGGAUGAGCACGGAGAAAUACGACAGUGCAUAAAACCUAUUGUUUAUUAUUGUAUUUCAUUUUAAAAUAACCAGCCACGUGUCUUGUAUGUACUAGUCAUUGUCUUCACACACUGCUGACACGUGAAUGGACCUGCUGUGGGCUGGGGACGACAUAUAGUUUAUAUACCAGAUCCGAUUGCUGGUCAUUGCAAUUGAAGGGAUUUGGAAUGCCACGUCAUCUAAACUACGAGUGGACAGUUUGAUUCAAGUUAUAGGGAAUAUAAAACAUACGGUUUUUAUAUUGGAGCGUGCGGAUGACGUAAACGUUGUCUUUGUACAUGUACGUAUGGAGCAGAAGAAGUUUUCUGACUGUGAGUAGGAAGUUAAAGAAGUCUUCAGAGAGUGACCGAGAAGGAAGGAAUAAGAUUUCUAUUGGUAAAGACAGGAGUGACCACGACCUAUAGCCAGCGUGACUGGGACUCGUUCGGUCAACACCCCGACUCAGUCACUUUUAUAUGGGACAGAAUUAAGACAUUUACGCUGAGGCAUGCCCAUACCACUGAUAUAAAUCUUAAUGAAUAUUACCUUCGUCUACCCGGGCACUUGUCCCAAAUAUAUGGUGACGCGAGCGAAAGGAACUCUAUCUAUCCUCAACAGUUACCAUGAUAUCAUCCUACAGCGAUUAUACAGGGCAUGUGCACUGUGAUCAUUGACUGAGCUUACUCAGCUUAACGACGUCUCCAGUUCAAAUGCAACGCCAGCCAAUCUGUAGGGGUGAAGACGCCCACUGUUAACAUAUGUGUGAACUGUGUAUUUGUAUGUAACGCUAUAUCACCGAUAUCGAUCUAGUCGUCCAUAUUGAUUUUAGUUGGAAUGCGACGGGUCUUCUCAGAGUGGGAGCAGUUAUAGGUGCAGAGUAAUCACAUCAAUAUGAAAUCCGAACAUAAACAUCUCGACAAUUUAGGUUGACAAUGGGUUAUCAACUUAAAGUGUAAUGGAUUUCCACUUACAUUAAAAGUGGGGCACGGAUUAUAUUGCACUAGACAUGAAAAUUAGUAGUCAACAUAUUUCAAGAAGACUCAUCGUCACCCUGAACAGAAAAAUAAGAGACGGGCACUUGUCAAGGCACUUGUCACCGCGAGAUUGAUAUUGGUAGUCAUAUAUUACAGCAGGCUUAGUUGUAUAGAGUGGGGUGGUUGAUCUAGAGCCGGAGACAUGGCUAUUAGCCCGGCAGUCCUGAGGUGUGCGGCGCUCGUGGUGGGGUGUCUGGGGCUGCUGCUUCAGGGGAUGGCGAUCACGUUCAAUGCCUACCAGUUGGCACUGAAGCAGUUCUUCUCGCUGUCACAAUCACAAACGGAAGACAUCGCCUCACUGGGGUACGUUGGAGUCCAGUUAGGUCUGCUACCUGGCUGGACGUACGAGAAGAUAGGUAUUCGCUGGAACCUGGUGAUAGGGCUGGUACUGGGGACUGGAGGAUACCUGUUCAUCUUCUCUUCCACCUACCUGGCAGAUUUCUACGGUAAAAACCACUGGCUGCUGGCUAUGUACUUCUUUUUUGUAGGUCUGGGAGGCGUUUUCACGGGUCUAACUUCUAUGACCCCAAACCUCGGCAACUUCCAUGAGAACCACGGAGGGAAGAUCAUAGGCUUGCUUGACUCCGCCUUCAGCCUCGGUUCCACCUUAAGUGCUGCCACCUAUGCUGCUGCGUUCAUCAACGGCCAUACGAACGGAGACGAGGCGAAACAGAAUAUUUCUGGCUAUUUCAUAAUGCUGGCAUCUGCGUCGUUGGUGAUAAAUGUACUUUGCAUAAUAUUUGUUCGUGUAGUGCCCCUCAGUGAAAAUGCUGGAAAGACACCAAUGAGUGAAGUGUAUUCGUCAAAGGAAUUUCGUUAUCACGAACUUGAAGUUAUUAGUGAUGCUGAAGACGAAAGUGACCUAGAAUACGCGCAAGGAGAGUUGCCCAGUGAAAAUCAAGGUCAAGGUCAAAGUGAAGGUGACACAGAUAGAAGGAUAAACGGCAAUGACAGCAGAGAGGCUGUUACGAUGGCGAGCGAAAAGACAUUCCCGGCAAUUUUGAAAGAUUGGGACUUUCACUUCAUUCUCUGGGUGUUUAUGUUUUGUACUACUCUUCAGUUUAUGGUCGUCAACAACAUCACAGUCAUCGUAAAAGCUGCAAACUUUGCAUCACAAGCGGCCAUCUUUCCUGUGCUUUCGCCAGUCGUAACCACGUUGACAAAAUUUACUAUGGGGGUAGUUUCAGACGCUCUCAUCGCCAAAAUCUCGCGGGAUUCCAUGCUGUUGGUGAUAAUCGUUAUCCAAACUGUGACACUGAUUGUGUGCUGUGUUAUUCCGGAAGAGUUUGCUUCUCUUGUUGCUCUGACGCUGUCAGCGGCUGUAGCAAAUGGGACAAUAUACUGUCUAACUCCACUACUACUGGUGGAACAUUUUGGUCUGAAACACUUUGGUGUCAAUUGGGGUUUCACUAUGAUGUUCAGCUCAUUUGCCACUGUUGGUGUUCAAAAGGGGUUUGGGAAACUGUACGAUUAUUACGGGUAUACGGCAAAGACAGGGGAGACCUUAUGUUACGGGUCAAAAUGCUUUCAACUGAGCCUCAUAAUUGCCGCUGUUUUAAGCGGGUGUGCGGUGUUGUUUAACGUCGCAAUUGUUCAGAGGAGGAAAAGAAUGGAAACGAUACGACGAGAGGCUUAAAGGUAUCUUAUAUGGGAUUAUCCUGACAUAUCUACCUUUGCUAAAAAGAAAUAACAGAAAUAAAUGAAUGAAACUCAUAUUUCACAAUCACUGCUUGACCUGUUCCUGCACUUGGGUUCGAUACGUU